AUGGACGGAUUCAACAACGCGCAGGCCCCAUCCGGCUAUCAGGAGAUUCAAUGGCUAGCUGACACCUUUGUUGCAUUGAUGGGUCUCGGCUGGGUCGUCAACUACGCCUUGAUGAUCUGGCACUCCGCAAAGGGAGAAACGUACAGCAUGGCUCUUCUUCCGCUCUGCAACAACAUUGGCUGGGAACUCGUGUAUACGCUGGUAUACCCGUCGUCCAACAAGGUCGAGCUGGCCGUCUUCGCCGCGGGUGUGACUCUAAACGUCUUCAUCAUGGCAACGGCAGCCCGAUCGGCAAGGAUCGAGUGGAGUCACUCUCCCUUGGUUGCGGACCAUGCAGCCUUGAUUCUCCUUUUGGGAACCUUGGUGUGCUUCACUGGUCAUGUUGCAUUGGCCCUGGAAAUAGGGCCUGCGCUGGCGUACUCAUGGGGAGCCGUCAUAUGCCAACUGGCCUUGAGUAUCGGCGGCAUGUGCCAGUUGCUGCAGAGAAACAGCACACGAGGAACAUCCUGGACGUUAUGGCUCAGCAGAUUUCUUGGCUCGUGUUGCACCGUCGGCUUUGCCUUUCUUCGCUGGAAGUACUGGCCCGAGGUAUAUGGCUGGCUCGGCAGCCCGCUCAUUCUCUGGAGUCUCGCCACUUUCGUGCUCGCCGACUCGACCUAUGGAGUGUGUCUGUAUCUGGUGUCCCGGGCCGAGCAGAAGGCUGCGAAGCUGGACUGA